GAAUAGAGAAAAUAUUAUCUAUGAAAAUACAAAACAUCCAAGUACUUAGUUUAGUACAAUUUAUUAUUAUUUGCUUCAUUUCGUAUGAAUAUUACUAUUUUAAUUAAUUAGCUCAUUUGGCAUAACUGCGAUAUGAAGUUCUAAAACCCACAAGAGUUAUCUUAGGUCACUGAGAGCGUAUGCUAAAUUAGGUGUUGUUUUUCCCGUUUUUUUCAUUAUCUUGUAUGUGUAGAGUAGACGUAUCACGUACUUGUUCAUUUAUAGAAGAUACUGUAACUGUACUUUUAUACGUAAAGUUGCUCUGUUAAUUGCAAUGUACAAGAACGUAGAACUUCGGAAACUCCCCGCAGAUGCACUGUGCAAUGUUGUUAACAUUUUGGAAAUCAACAAUGAUUGGAAAAAAGUUAUGUCUAUCAUACCAAAAAGCUUACAAAGUGAAGAGUUUGAACCGAAAUACAAUAAUGAGCAAAUGCGAAUGAUAGAGGAACAUGCUAAAGCAACCAAUCAGAAAUGCACUGAGAUCCUAAUGGACGAGUGGAGUACAUCAGGCAGAGUCAGACCCACUCUCAGCACAUUGAAGGAAAUAUUAAUCAAAGCUCAAAUUUUCAGAGCUGCAGAUGAAAUUGCUAGAAUAUUGAAUGAAUCUUUGCCAGUUCGUCCCAACUAUGGUCCAGCUGUACCUGUUCCUAUCAAUGUAACAGAAAUCCUCAAUGAAGUGAGCGCAGAACAAAGACUAAAUGAUAUGACCACAGCUGUGAAAAAUUCAGAUCCACUGUGCAAUGGAUCUACAAGGCAGAUGAAAUCAGUAAGUGACAUGAUCAAAUUCCCCAGAAGCAGUAAAGAGAUCACCGCAGAGACUCAGCAACGGUCGUUUGGCAACAAAACAACAGUUGAAAUGAAAUCUGCAAGUGACCUUAUGGAGUUUCCAAAAGACGAGUAUACUCAAGAAUCAAUGAAUUUACCCGACUUUGAGGCUAUGCUCAGAAAUGCAAGAAACAGUCAACAAUCUACAACAUCCACCUCUACAAUAGAAUCAUCUGACACAAGUUCAAAAUUGACUAACUUACAGAGUAAUGCAAAUGUUGCCACACAUUAUCCUGAAGCGUAUCAGACCUCCUUUCCGAAUAUCAACAUUACUACAGGCAUAGACAGUGCUAUACUUCAAGAUACUAAUUUGAUUCAUUUUGACUAUGGUGCAUUAGAAUAUAUUACAGGAAACUUUUCUGAUUUACUAAUCAACAAUCCCAUUGAUGGCUUAAAAGGCAGAAUAGGUAGCGGAGGUUUCGGAGAUGUGUUUGUGGGUAAAGACUCAAACUAUGGAAUGCUAGCUGUCAAAAAGGCGCACAGCCACUUAGCAAUACACCGCAGACCUGAGAUUGCAAUGAGAAUAUUUAAUGCAGAAGUGAAAUAUUUAUCACAGUUCCGACAUAAUAAUAUAGUUCCAAUAUGGGGUUACUCAAUGAACGGACCGGCUCCUUGCAUUGUUUGUGAAUAUAUUGAUGGAGGAUCUUUACAACAAAACAUUGAGGCCAAAAUUAUUGCAGAUGAAAUUCAAAGAAUCAAUAUAAUGAUAGGUACAGCUGAAGGUUUGAAAUAUUUACAUACCAGUGACAAACCUUUACAAAGUAAAGGCAGUUCAAUUUUAGAUGUGGUCGGUGAAACAGAUUCCCAAAACUCUACAAAGCAUUUUGUUCAUGGUGAUGUUAAAACUGCCAAUAUACUAUUGACAAGAGAUUGUAUACCAAAGCUGUGUGACUUUGGUUUGGCUAAACAAUAUGAUUCAACAUUUGUUACAACAUACCCAAUGGGGACCUCAGCAUACAUGGCACCAGAGGGCAUACAUGGCACUAUCACACAAAAGAUUGAUAUUUUCAGUUUUGGAAUUGUAAUUUUGGAAUUACUGACCGGAUUGAAACCAAUUGUCGAAAAUGAUGGAGAAAUAAUUAAUAUAAAGCAUUAUGUUGAAGAGAAUUCAGUGAAUGACGAUCUAACUCCAUUACUGGAUAACAUUGUUAAUAUUUGGGUUAAAGCUGACCACAUUUAUAAUUUGGCCAAAAUGUGUUUGGAACAUAACAGAAAAAGUAGGCCAUCUAUUGUUGAGGUUUGUGAUAUUUUGUAUAAAAUUAAAAAUGAAUAAUAGAAAUUAUACUUAAUUUAAAAUGAACAAAUAUAUCCAACUAUUAAAAACAAAAAAAAAACUGUGAUUGCAAAACAUUAUUUAAGGAUCUAUUGACAAUAUAUUAUUCCAUAUACAUAUGUAUAUAUUUUUUUAUAAUACAUGUUACUGUUAAAAUUUUAUUUUAGUAGGUAUUCAUUUUAUUUUUUCUAUACUAAACUUGAAAACUUUAUCAUAUCAUCCAAAGAUUUGGCUUUAUAAAAAUUAGCAACAAGAAGUUUUUUUUAAAUGAAUAUAUUUCCAAUUAUUAUUAAGGAUUCGCAAAAAAAAACCGUGAUUUCGAAACAUUUUAUUUAAGGAUCUAAUACUGUGAUUAAGUGACAAUAUAUUAUUAUUAAAUACAUUUAUUUUCAAUAUACAUUAAAAUUUCACUUUAGUAA